GUUACAGGGCUCCUGCGCAGUCACAUUUUGUGAUAAGGGCACUCCGAGAGAGAGAGUGAGAGAGAAAGAUGGCAGAGGGUUCGGAGAGAGAAAAGACGGCGGCGGCGGCGGUUACUCUAGAAGAUUUGAGGAAGAAAAUGGCGAAUUUUGCGUUGGAAAGGAAUUGGGAUCAGUAUCAUAGCCCUAGAAAUCUCCUCCUUGCUAUGAUAGGAGAAGUGGGAGAGUUGUCGGAGAUAUUUCAAUGGAAAGGGGAGGUGGCAAAAGGGUUAGCAGAUUGGGAUGAGGCUGACAAAAUACAUUUGGGGGAGGAGCUUUCUGAUGUAUUACUUUACCUUGUCAGGCUUUCUGAUAUGUGUGGUGUAGAUCUUGGAAAAGCUGCUCUUCGUAAGCUCAAAUUGAAUGCCAUCAAAUACCCACCACCACCACCAUCUGCACCCACACCCAUUGUUGAAGCUGCUUCUGAUGAUGAUGAUUCCAUCAUUCCCCAAACAAAACCCUAGUUAGUAGCAAGAUUGAUUGAUUGAUUGAAGAUGCAUGCACCAUAAUGGUUUGUUUCUUAACUCAUUUCUAGCUACUUUAUCUUUUGUGUGCUUUCUUCUUUGCUUGGUGUAUUCUUUUUUUUAUCUUUUAAUUUGAUGUUGAUGAUGAUG